UCUUUCCAGACCGUUGUUUGGUUCUCGUGGUUAGUCUUAUGGUUUUAACGCGUCUCGAGCCUACAUUGUAGUCAGAAUUUUCGUUUUUUUUCGGUUGUUUAAUUUAAUUUUAAUUCUAUAAGUGUAACAGUAAUAUAGUAUAUUAUAAUUAUUUUAUUUCGUCGGCGAAUGUUAUUGUACGUUUAUUAAUAUUUGUGAUUUAAAUCGCAGUUCUAACCACACGACCACCACGGUCGCGAGGUAUUGGCUUUUGCAGUAAAAAAUUGUACUGCGAAAAAAAUAUCAGUCGACAACCACUGUACGAGACGGCCUGUGACAAAACAUAACUAUCGAGGUUAUCAGCAGAGAAGGCAUAACCAUGAUACGUCGACAGUAUAAAGUUGGAACUUUCCCAAACAAUUUGUUGAUAGCGGGACAGAAAUGGUUGAUAUUGUUAUCGAUAAUACUAAUAUCACUUGAUUUUUCAAAUUCAUCGAUAACCUGUGGACCUGGCAUAUAUUCACCAGGAGGAACUACUCCGAGUGGUGACGUUAAUAUCGAAUACAACAGUGGUACUCCGUUGGAAAUCACAUGCAAUUUAAAUCCUAAUCACGAACUACUGCAGAAAAUACUUAGUGAUGAAACUGCCGACGAUAGCAAAUCAAAACUACUAAGCCAGAAAAUCAUGUUCUAUAAGAACGACGAACGCGUCGCCAAACAAUAUGUAUCGAUCAUCAACUCGACGGCGGCCCAAUUGCGCGUGUCAAAUCUCUCGGCGAGUUCCGAUGUCUAUACAUGCAUGGUAUGUUUGGAUAAAAACAACCACGGCAUUAAACUAUCUAAGGCGGCUGAUAUUUCAUCAAUCAAUAUGGCUCUACGGAAUAGCAUUAUGAACACGGUCGGAUACCGUCCAAACGAAUCAGUCGACACAGACAUCGGGGUGUGCCUUAACAAUGUUAAUGUCGGAUAUAAACCACUCAACGUUACAAAUUUCGCUUGCACCUCUAACAACUGGGAAAGUUUAUCGUGUAAUUGGACCAAACCGGAGAAUCCGAUAAAAACCGCUUAUAAGGUGUACUUCAGAUUGGCCGGCCGUGCUUUUAGCAGAAGUUUCACAGCUUGUCCUGCGGAUUCGGAUGUCCGAGAUAAUUCUUGCUAUUGGGAUUUUUCUACUACACCGCUAUACAGGCAAUCGUACGAAUAUUAUUAUUUCACGAUAACUGGCGAAAAUGCGCUGGGAAAAUCGUCAAUGCCAAUUCGUUUUCACCACUACGCCAACAUUAUUCCCGCGAGACCCACAAAAAUCGCAGCGAUUGACCAAACGGAAUCGAGUGUCAAGCUUACGUGGUCGAUCGGUACAAUGUCGUUUUAUUCGCACGGAAUAGUUUACAAGAUUCAAUACAAAUCGCAAUGGGAUUCCAAUCCCGAACAGUGGCACACUAUAAUCGUCAAUGACAAAUGCAACCCACAAUCGACAUCUCACGAAACCGAUUCGGCGCAAAACACGGACUGUGUGGAACACGACGGAGACCAUCAUUACUACGACGUCACCGGCUUGAAAUAUCCGUUUGCGCGUUACGAUUUUCGCAUAUCCCUUCGGACGGCGCUCGCUGGCGGCGACGAUAAGUGGUCUGCUCCCGGUUACAUCACCGUCAACACCAAGCCCACGAUUCCCAAAAGACCACCGCAAACUGACAUAGGAAGCUUUCAAUGUGUUCCUUCGCCAUCAGACAAAUCCAAAAGGGACGUGUUAGUUUAUUGGCAAACUAUAGAAGAUAAUGAAAAAUGUGGCGAAUCGUUUGAGUAUAUUGCUUAUUAUGUUUACAAGACGGAAGAUGAACAAACCAUCACUCGUCGUAGCGACGAAACGUACAAGAAUUACGCCAAGUUCAAUUGCCUCAGCACCAGCAUCGGAUACGAGUUUAUAGUAGUAUCAUACAAUAAAGAAGGUUUUUCUACAGAAUGUUCAAAGGUUUAUGUACCUAGCGAAUCAGACACACUCGAUAAACCAACAUCGUUAAAGAAAAGUGUAUUUGACAAACAAGGGAUUUUCGAACUAUCCUGGAAAGGUGCCGAUGUUCAGAAAUCGUCCACUCCUAAUCCACUAGAUUAUUAUACUCUAUUUUGGUGCGAAAAAGACAUUGUCCAUCCACAACAGUGUAAUGGUUAUAUGAAUUGGAUGCACGUACCGAUUUCAGUAUCUCGCUACAAUACUACUGUGUUCGACAACAUGGAAAAAUAUAUUUUUUCAAUUAGCGCAAACAGUGAAAAUCCUUCGAGAAAUGGUUUAGAUAACCUUAAAGCUAGUAGUAGCGGAAUGGUGUGGGAAUCAUUCGAUGACAAUGUAAAGAACGUUUGGGUUAGUGUGAUUGGUCCGACAUUUGCGGGCUUGAGCUGGAAAGUCUACUGUGACGACAAGACUGGUUUAAUUAUUGGAUAUCACGUAUUUCACUGUCCCAUAAUUUCCAUAAAAAAUCCCCUUUGCAAAGAACCCAUGGUAAUGAAAACAGUGAAUGAAUUUCAUCCCGAUGAUUGCAAAGGUUCUAUAUUAGUUUCAAAUUUAAAACCCUACACGGAAUAUUUAGUAGUCAUUGCGAUUGUUACGGAUAACGACCAAACUUUAAAUUUUGAUAUAACCAUCAAAACAUUACGUGGAUCAAUAUUAAAAUGAAAAUAUUACAAAAGUAAUGAAGUACAAAUAUAUUAUUAUAAUUUUUUUCACUAUUACAUCUACUGUUUGUCAGAAUCCUAUUAUUAGUAUUAUUAUUAUUAUUAUUUACCGGUGUUUACUAGUUGCGGUAAAAAUAAAAAAUUAUGUAUACUAUAGUUGCGGUUAACCAACAAAAGGUUACCUAUUAAUUGUAUAGUCACUCAAUAAAAACGUUACUUACUGAUUGCGGUCAUUCAAUUGUUGGUCUUAGUGAAAUUCUUUUUGCGCUUUUGUACUUCAAUAGUUGGAUAAAAGCGCAAAAAUAAAUAAAUGUCUCUUAAAUAUUUUUAAUAUUUUUAUAUUUAAAAAACAAUAUUGAUAGACUUCAGUUGAAGUUUAGUAUUAUAAUUAUCGUACUGUAUUUUAUCGUAACAAACUACGGCGAUAGUCAUUUAAGAUAACUACAUUUAUAGUAUAUGUACCGGCGGUUCCCAACCUAUGGGCCGUGGAUCAUAUUAUAAUAUUGACAAUAUUAGUAUACAUUUAAAAUAAUAUAAUUAUAUAUUUGUGUUAUAUACCGAAUAAUAUUAUAUAAAUACGUAUAUAUAUAUAUAUAUAUUAUAUGUUAUUAUUCAUUUAGUGGGCUUCAAAGAUUUUUUACAAAAUUGGUGAUUCACAUAACUAAAAAGGUUGGGAACCGUUGAUAUAUACUAUAUACAGUAUAAACUUAUAACAAGGGGUAUUUGAUAACUCUAACGUAACUCCAAUAGCAUGUUAGAUAAAUGCAUAUUUCAAACAUGAAAAUUAUACAUAGAAAAAAACAUUUCCAGAUUGGACUACUUAAAAACUGUGGGCUUCAAAUUUAAUUUUUUGGGUACUCAUUAUAAUAUCAUACUUAUUACUACUAAUAAUAUAUAAUUUUAAUACAAAAUAGUUUAACUCAUUUUAUUAUCACUCUAAAAGCUCAGUAUUUACUGUGGCCACAACUUAGAUAUUACCCAGAGACGUAGCCAGCAUUUUGUAUAGGGGGGGGGAGCUAAAUACUUUUAACUUGAGUUAUUAAAAAUAAAAUCAACAACAAAACAAAAAUACUGAUAAUAACAUAUUAACGUUGAUUUGCCGUUAACAUAUUAUUUACUAUUUAAUUAACUUAAAUUUAAAUAUUUCAAAACAAUAUAAAAAAAUACAGCUAAUGGGGGGGCUUUAGCCCCUUUAGCCCCCCCCCCUUUGGCUACGCCAUUGAUAACAGUGACCGCAACUGUUAUAUGACCCACAACUGGGAGCGUAUGUAAUUUAUGCCAAAAACCACCUAGAGAAAAAAUAUUUAUGUAAUUUGCGCCACAUAAAACUAAAUAAAAUUACAUUAUAUAAUCUGCACCAUUUUGUGUUCAAAAUGUAAUUUGCGCCACUUUUAAAUAACUAAACAAUUUUUUUUACAAAUUAACAUAUUGUAUUUUUAAUCAUUGAUCAAUCUCAAGUUAAUUUUUAUAGUUCUACAUUUCUUGAAAAUUAUUUUAAAAAGUAUUAAAAUAUACAAGUAUCUACAAUUCCUG